AUGACCGCGGCCUCGGGUGUCAGCGUAGACACCUCCGAACAUUCUAUACCCUCCCUACCGAACGCCACCGAUCCCUCUCAGCAACCCACCCGGGACGACUCCCCCACUGGUCACAGUGAAAAACAGACAUGCAGUGCGGCGCCGAAACCCGGGCUCUCGGAGUCUGUCCCUGAAACCCACCAGCAGUCUUCUCAAGCAUUGGGCGAUGUUGACGACUUUGGACUUCCGAUUCGAACACGCCGCAUACCCGACCCAAUUCCUACCGAGCCCGCCCCAGACGAAAAUGCGGGCCAUGACUCUCAGGUGACCGCGGGGUCGACAACAUAUAGCGAUGCCGUGAAGAAGACAGCAGCACCGGAUCCGAAGCAGGAAGAACCUGUGCAAGAGAUAUCCUCGAAGCCGGUACCUCAAAAACCAGAGGCUGGUGGCUCUGAGACUCAGGAAGCUUCCCCUGCGCCCGCAGAGAACCCGCAGACCACCAGAUCUCCCGACCAACCCCGAUCCUCAAUCUCAAAGCAGAAGCCUGCGCAGGUGUCGGAAUGGUCACAUCAGCGACUUGCUCGGCCCGGUGCGCACCAGCCUGAGAGUGACGAGGAAGAGGAGGAGCCCGAUGAAUGGACUUCUAUGCCCGCCCUCGGAGAAUUUGACUAUUACGACGAUUAUGGGAGGCUCAUUGCCCGCGGUGCCAAAGAAGAAGGCGAUGAGGCUGUAUACCAAGGACUGGGAGGGGCCGGAAGGGGAUAUACUCGAGUUCAGCUUGACGAAGACGCCCAGUCUGCGACCAGUCUUGAUGAAGAUACGAGCUACCUUUUCCGGGAAGCAGGUGGCAACUCUGCCGGGCUUGUCGGAGAGGAACUGCGAGACUCCAUCAGCCAGCUCCAAGCUACGAAAGAUCUUCUCAAUGAGACCCAGAAGAUCGCCUAUGUAGGUGUUGUCCGGCUGUCGAUUCAUGCUAUGAACCGCGAUCUGGCAUCAAUUGCCACCACAAAAUCCACCCGCAAAACCAUGCAGAAGGCUUCAGAUGCUAUGCGAAAGUGGGGCCAGGCGAUCAUGGCUCGCGUCUAUACCCACAUGGACAUCGAUGCUGCUGAGCAGAUCAUGAUUGAGCAACUUGCAGGUCACGGAGUACAGCCUGAAGAUCUCGUUCCACCUCUCAUGCAGAAUGCAAGAGUGAAGAACCCCAUGGCGGAAAGCGAGCCCAAAACCUCUAUAUCUAGUCUGAAAGGAGAUCGUCUAUCUAGUAGGCUCUCUGGAGAGACCGAUUCUUCUGAACCUCCACCGCCGUACGAAGCUCACGAAACAGAAGAGCCCCCAGAAGUUACGACUCCGUCUCAAAUGCCUACCUCCGACCGAAUAGACAUCGAUCUCCGUUGGACAGUCCUUUGUGACCUGUUCCUGGUACUUAUCGCAGACUCAGCAUAUGACGCACGCUCACGAACCCUCUUGGAAAAGGUGGGUUCAGCGCUGGAAGUGACAUGGUUGCAGAUCUCGCGGUUCGAAAAGCGUGUUACAGACUCCCUAGAAAUGCAAGAGCAAGCCGAGAAAGAGAAUUGGGACGAGUCGGACCAUAUGGAAAAACGUCGCAAGAUGGCUUUGAAGCGAAAAUAUAUGAUCAUGGGACUUGCUACCGUGGGUGGUGGUUUGGUCAUUGGCCUCUCUGCUGGAUUACUCGCGCCAGUGAUUGGAGCCGGUCUUGCAGCUGGCUUCACCACUGUGGGUAUCUCUGGAACAAGUGCGUUCCUGGGAGGAGCUGGUGGCACUGCCUUGAUUGCCUCCAGCGCGACUUUGGGUGGAAGUACUAUUGGAAUGAGAGCUUCACACCGACGUACGGGUGCUGUCUCGACUUUCGAGUAUCGACCCCUGCACAACAAUAAGAAGGUGAACUUGAUUGUGACGGUCUCGGGAUGGAUGACUGGCAAAGUUGAUGAUGUUCGGCUGCCAUUCAGUACUGUAGACCCCAUCAUGGGAGAUAUCUAUUCCGUUCUUUGGGAGCCUGAGAUGCUUCGAAGUAUGGGUGACACUAUCAACAUUUUGGCAACAGAGGCACUGACCCAAGGUCUGCAACAAGUCCUGGGUAGCACCGUGCUAAUGGCCCUGAUGGCGUCGCUGCAACUACCACUUGUUCUCACAAAACUUGCAUACCUAAUCGACAAUCCCUGGAUUGUUUCACUGGCACGCGCCAAUUCGGCGGGCCUUGUCAUGGCCGACUCUCUUCAAGAGCGCAAUCUUGGCAACCGGCCUGUGACAUUGCUAGGCUUCUCACUUGGCGCUCGCGUCAUCUUCUCUUGCCUCAAAGAACUGGCUGACAAGGGUGCCCAUGGAUUGAUCCAGAAUGUAUACUUGUUCGGGUCACCUGUGGUCGCGAACAAGGAUGAGUACCUCAAAGCUCGCAGUGUUGUGUCGGGUCGCUUCGUGAACGGCUAUGCUACCAACGACUGGAUUUUGGGCUACCUAUUCCGCGCCACCAGUGGUGGCAUCAUGAAGGUUGCCGGUCUUGCUGCAGUGGAGGGCAUUCCUGGCAUUGAAAAUUUUGACAUUACUUCACUUGUGAACGGCCACAUGGACUACCGUACCGCCAUGCCUCGUAUUCUGAGAGAGGUUGGUUGGGAGGUUCUCGAGGAUGAAUUCGCCGAAAUUGAGGAUCCAGACCCCGAUAACCACGCCGAGCGACAGCGUGAAUUGAUUCGUGAGAUCGAUGAAGCUCGCCGGGAGGCAGAAGCCAAGCCCGAGAAGAAGCGAUUCGGUCUCUUCAAACGCGGCAAGAUGGCAGAGAAGAAGAAAUGGGAGACCUACGAUGUUGAUCGAAACAACACCUCGGACGAAACGGCCGAUCUCAACAGCAGUCCCGGUACCGUUCUCUUCGACAUCGAGGCCAUUCGAGCGGAGCUGCACUCAGAGGCAAUCGAAGUCAAAGAAUUAGAGUCGACCAUGCCUGUAAUGAAGGUGGAUCUAAACACUCCACCUAAAACUACUCAGCCCUCUCCCACCCUCAAGGAGCCAAAGUCCCCUGAUUUGCCACCAGUCCCUCGGGCAGUCUCGACUCCAUUGCCUGUCGAAAAACCCUCCCCUUACGAGCCUCCAAAGCAUGAUGAAGCCGAAUUGACCUUCGACACAUCAUUCCAUGAUUCCCCCUAA